AUGGGUACAUCAGGAGGAGUUCCAAAGUUGAUUCCUUUGACAAGAGAGGAAUUGGAACAGAGGCUAUUGUUUUCAUCUCUUUAUAUGCCUCUACUCUCCAAACACAUCGAAGGGCUUAGCGAAGGAAAAUCUCUCUUGUUUUAUUUCGUGAGCCGAGAAGGCGAGACUGCCUCUGGGGAUCGAACACAGAUAAGCCCGCAUGGGAUUUCAACUUGUGCAGACACUACUCAGAGCAUGUACUGCCAGUUGCUUUGUGGGCUUCUACAACGAGAGAAUGUAACUCGCGUUGGUGCACCUUUUGCGUCUUCCUUCCUCAAAGUAAUCAAGUUCUUGGAAGAUCACUGGACUGAGUUAUGCUCCAACAUAAGGACUGGCCGUGUCAGUGACUGGAUCACAGACGAUCAAUGUGUUUCAGGGAUCGGUAAGUACCUCACAGCUCCAAAUCCAGAACUAGCGAGCCUAAUCGAGCAAGAAUGCAGUAAAACGUCAUGGGAGGCAAUAGUGAGGAGAAUAUGGCCAAAUGCAAAAUGCAUCGAAUCAAUCGUUACCGGCUCCAUGGCACAGUACCGUGUGGGGGAUGUUUUACGAGUGACUGGUUUCUACAACAACGCGCCACAGUUUCGUUUCGUGGGGAGACAAAAAGUUGUACUGAGCAUCGACAUGGACAAGACCUACGAAGAAGAUCUCCUCAAGGCAGUGACGAACGCGAAGCUCCUCCUCGAGCCACAUGACCUGAUGCUCAUCGACUUCACUAGCCGCGUGGAUUCCUCCUCGUUUCCAGGACACUACGUGCUCUACUGGGAACUCGGGAGCAAAGUCAAGGACGCGAAGCUCGAGCCCGACCCGGAGGUUAUGGAGGAAUGCUGCUUCACUGUUGAGGAGUCUCUGGACUCUGUUUACAGAAAAGGACGAAAGAAUGAUAAGAACAUUGGACCACUUGAGAUUAAGGUUGUUAGGCGUGGCGCUUUCGACCAGCUCAUGAACUUCUUCGUGUCUCGAGGCUCUUCCCUGAGUCAGUACAAGACGCCGAGGUCCGUGAUGAAUGAAGAAGCCUUGAAGAUGUUGGAGGCGACGGUUGUUUCCAGGUUUGUUAGCCGGAAAACUCCGUCUUGGGAGCUACAUGAGCUUCAUUCCAGCCGAUAA